AUGUUAGUAAACAAUUAAAUAGAUCCAAAGUUCAGAUCUUAAAGUUUCUUAAUGAAUGAUAGUAUAGAGAUAUCAUUAAAUUAAGAUCUUAUAGCAUUUUUAUUUAAUUACAAUCAAACUUUAACUAUGGAUUAGCUAUAAGAAAAGUAGAAUAAAACUUAUUUAGUGUAUUAUGCUUAAUUUUUUAACGGCGAUCCUAAUAAUUAGCAACUAAUUAAUCUUGAUAUCAUUCAGUGUAGUCACCCUAAGUUAAAUGGAUUUAAGUGCAUCGAUUUUUCUAAAAUCAGUAACUACUCUCUUAUUAUAGAUAAUAGUAAGAGUAUUAGUUCUUAAAUAUAAAUUUAUAUUUAUGGUUGUUAUGAUUUAGAUGAUAUUAAGACAUCUAUUCCAAAUAAUUGUGCUCCUCAAACUGACAUUGAUAAUGCAAUUAAUGGUGCAUAUUCUUUUCUAUAGUUAAAAAUGCAAAUAUAACAGUACAACACAACAUCAAAAGAAUUGUAGACAGAUUACAGAAGAAUGAGUACUUUUUUAUUUUCUAAUUAAUUUAUUCUUACAAAUGUGAAAAUCCAAAAGCAGGAAACCCAAGUAAGUAAAGGAUUAAUAUUUUAGACAAAGCAGAGUUAUUCUUCUCCAAUUUAGUUUGAUUCUUCUAAUUAGAUUUAUGAUAGAUAAUUAUCCUUAAAAUCAGGAAUUGGGCCUUACAACUAAGUUUCUAUCUCAUUAGAUGAAAUUUUGCAACAAUUCUAAAUAUAAUAUCCUACUCUCAUAGAAAUAUUAGCUCUGGUUAAUAGCGUGGCUGCUCUUGUUAUGAUUGGAAAAUUUUUAGGUAAAAUAAGUUCAUAAAGCUUGAUAAGAAAAGACUUUUUUAUGCUCAUCUUAAGAAAUUUAUUUUAAGAUAAAAAUGAAAAAAUCCUUAAGCACAACAAUCUAAUUAGCCAAAACAGUGAAAUCAUUAUUCAAUAACAAAGUACCAAUCAAGAUGAUAAUAUUUUAUAAUAAGAAAAGAAAAGUAAAAAUAAAAAUAAAAUUUUUGUACCUAGCUUUUAAACAAAAUUUCGAGAUUUUGUUGAAGCAAAUUAAUUAGCUAAUUCAAAUUGUGAAUAUUAGUUUAAUUUAUAACAAUAAUAAAGUAGUCCAGAAAAUAAAAAAGUGCAUAAAGAUUCUAGCAUUGUAAAUUAACUUAGUCUCAGUGAAAUUUCAACUAUACCAUACUAAAAUUAGUAAAGCAGAUUCAAUAAAAAUGUAAAAAAAUAGUAGUUAAACACGAAUAACAUGACUUUGUAGAUGUUUUCGCCUCUUUCACUAAACGAAAGUGAAAGGCAAAUUUUUUAGAAGAAAGAUAAUUAGAACUUAAGGAAAUUGAAUAGCUAAAAGCAAGAAACUAUUUUAAAAUAGGAUUUUAUAGACUCGCAAUCAAACGAUACUAUUUAAAAAAACUAAAAUUACUACUUCUUCAGUGAUACAAUUACUGAGAAAUUGAAAGCAAAAAACAGUACCUCAAUGAAAAAAGCAGUUCAAAACUUCAUCUUCAAAUUUAAGCUUUUCAAACAGAAAGAAUUUAGAAUCUCAAAAGGCAUUGAUGAAAAUUUAAUGAAAAUAAUAGGAAAAGAAGUUGACAAGCAUUUAAAUAUUUUUGAUCUUUAUGAGGAUAUUAUGUUUUUAAAAAAAGCUAUACUUAUGCUUUUAAGAGGAGAUCAAUUAGCUGCUAUCUAAUUAAUAGGUUUGACAGAUGAUUAUAUAAAUCUAAAUUUAAGUAGUGAUAGUUCUUCUAAAAUAAAUUUUGAUUAAAAUAAAAAUAAAUUAAGUCACUUUGAAAAAUAAUAUAUUAUUUUACAAUCAGAUGAGCUUUAAAAGGAGUAUAUAAAAAAAUUUUUCUUAAGAUGCUAGAAAGAUAAAAACGUAAGCAAAAUUGAUGCAAGAUUAUUUUCUUCAUUAAAUAAAAAGUGA